AUGACCUGCCCAAGUGAUUCGGCGAAAAGCUCCGUCGACGCGGCUCAGCGGCGCCGACGCCAAUUUUGGAUUGCGCAGGGCGCCGAAACGGCGCGCCUUCGCACGCUGUCGUUGGACGCUUUCCUAGCUUGGAUGGAGGAAACGCGGCGGUCGGGCAGUAGCAGCUGGUUGCGUGGGCUGUUGCUUGUGAUGAAAGCGCAGUGGAAAUGUGUUGAGGCCACGAUGCCGGGCGUCUCUCUUUUCCUGCGUAAAGUUUUCCUAAACUAUGCAGAGAGGCCUCGAGACUUUGCGGGAGAGAUUACCAUCUUGCACGAUGGAAUGCGGCGUGCAAUUUCCCUUCGACCUGCGGUCAACCAAGUCCAAGUGGGCGGCAUGCUUAGCCUUUGGAUGCCAAUCCGCCAGGGCGGGCGCAUUUAA